AUUUGAUCAUCCAGUCGACCGAGUUGGAAGAGACGGUAGUUUGAAAAUAGUCCAUAUUAUUUUGUGUGAUAUCUAUACCCUGUAUUCAUUAGCUUAUUGUUCUAUUAUUAUUUUGUUCCCUCCUCCCUCCUUCCCCCCACCCGGCUCUUGAGUUUGUGUGGAAAAUUACGUGGUGAUUAACCACGCCAAUCUUUUUUUUUUCUGCCGUCCGAGCUUUAUCGGUCGACUCACCCGCAACCAGCCUGGCGUCACUCGGAGCACUGCCCAGCGGAAUCGGAGGCGGGAGCCUGCAGGGGGGAAUUCUGGAGCCAAGUGCAGGGAAUAAUGCUCCUGCUGCCACCAGUCCCGUAAUGGGAGGUGUCAGCCAUCCAUCUGCUUCGGCUACUGGCGGGCCCGAUGGCGUGGGACCGGCCAGGAAGCGCACUGUCGCCAUGGCGGGGUUAGACAGUUCUCCUGGCAGUGUGGAUGACGUGGAAGAGAACGAGCUUCGUGAGGAGAAGAAAAGGCAGCCUGUGAAGCGUGCCUGCAACGAAUGUCGUCAGCAGAAGUUGCGCUGCGAUGUAGUUCAAGACCCAUGGAUGGACUGCUCCCGUUGUCGUCGCUUGAAACUUGACUGUAAAAUCGAAUCCAACUUUAAGAGAAUUGGGAAGCGCAGUCGCAAUGCGGAGAUGGAAAGAGAGAUCAUCGAGCUGAGGAAGCAGAUUGCCAACGUCCAGGCGAAUGCUGUCACGUCCAUGCCCCAACAACAACACCAACAACAACAACCACCGUCCAUACAAUCUGCCCAACACACUCCCAAACAGGAACCCUCUAGCCAUGUCAGUCCGGCUGGCGUUUAUCACACACCCUCUGGCAUGUCUUCCGAUCAGUACAUGGGCUCUCACGAAGCAGUCGCAUCGCUUUUGGACCUCCGUUCGGGCUUCGAUAGUUCCAACUAUAUGAGAAAUGGGAGCCACCACUUCAAGCGGUUAGAAGAUGUUGUUGUCGUGCCGGAGAGGGUGACAGAAUUGUUUGAUCUGUACUUUACGUUCUAUCAUCCGUUUCUUCCAUUCCUUGAACGAGGACAAUCACCCGAUGAAUAUUAUAACGCAUCACCCUUACUGUUCUGGACUAUCAUUAGCGUUGGGGCACGGCGUUAUCAGCCCGAUACGCACCUUUUGAACUCUCUGGCAGGCCCCGUUUCGCGUCUGGUAUGGAGUACGUUGGCAGACAUUCCACAAAGCUAUCAUGUCGUGAAAGCUCUUUGCUUGCUUUGUACAUGGCCAUUCCCUACAAGCAGUACCUCUACCGACCCCACCUUUAUGCUCUGUGGAAUGAUGAUGCAGGUGGCCAUGCAGCUCGGUCUGCACCGCCCGUCAUAUGCUCAAGAUUUCAGUAAAUUCAGGGUGGAGCUUAUCGAAGAAGAGCUGAAAGAUAAAGUGAGGACGUGGGCGAUCUGCAAUAUCGUUGCCCAACGGGUUGCGACCGGGUACGGGCAGCCACCGUCCACUUGGUAUGACUGGACAUUGUCGAGCGAGUCACUGGAUCCAAACUACAAGCUGCCUGAAGGUAUCCGUGCGCGCCUUCAGAUCGAAAAAUUCUGUGACAAGGUCACCAGAGCACUCUAUACCAACCACCGGGACCCUGUUGGGCUCUGUAAUGACCAGGAACGAUCGACGAUGAUCUCCUUUUUUUCUCGGGAUUUCGAUGAACUCGAGUCGCAGCUGAAGGCUCAGAAUGAUUGCAUUACCGAUCUUUACCUUCGCGCUGCCAACCUGCACUUACAUUUGUCGGUCUUCUUCGAUGACACUACUGAGAAGGACUACCGUGACCGUCUUCUUUCUUUGUAUGUUGCAACCAGGACAUUUCUGGAGGCUGCUAUGAACCUAGAGACGGAGGUUGGUCCGGUACUCUCGUACACGCCGUAUUACAUCUAUCAGAUGAUGGUAGCAGCAGGCUGUACGCUGCUGAAGCUCGGCACGAGCUUUUUUGCCUCUCACAUAAAUAUGGAUUAUACCAAGACUCUUUUCAACCGGACCAUUUGGGCUAUCCGGGGAGUAUCAGUGUCAAGUAAUGACCUCCCGGAGCGGCUGGCCGAAGUUCUAGCCCAGAUGUGGAGGCUGCAGAGUACACCAAGCCCCAAACCGACCACCGAAAGUUCGGAGAUGGACGAUUCCUUGAUGCUGAAAGUCCGGUGCCGCAUGAGUAUGUCGCUCCUUUUUGACUCGGUGUGGCGAUGGCGAGAAGACGCUCGGACGAAAGGUCGGAAUCUCGAAGCCUAUCUCAAGAACCCGACCAACCCAGAUUCUAACGCUGAAUCUUCUGCAGCAUCAUCCGUUGGAGCUGCACAUACUUCUAGCUCGACUCCUGGUAUUGGUGGUGAUCCUAGCCUGGCACCUGCUCCCAUUCUUCCGCAAGUCACGUUGGGCGUUCAGUCUGGUAGCAGCGUCCCGGGUCUACCAAGCGGCCUUAUGGAGCCCAACUACGAAGUUUUUGACCCAUUAAAUUGGCUGCUGGAUGGUUUGGUCGACUUGCCAUACUCAUAUUCUACGAUGUCAGGGAUGGAGGCUCAAGGUAUCGCAUAGCCUUGACCGACAAUGUUUUGAUUUGCUACUAUGUUACGAUUACUGGCGUUUUACCGGCUGAUUUACUACAUAUCCUGCGUGUAUUUGUAUAUAUAUACCCGAGGAGUCUGGUCGAACUGUUUGAAUAAUGCAUUGCUGCUCUUCGAGACCACAGACAUGGACGAUUUUCAGACGAUCACCAUUGACGAAGAAAUGAUUAUUAUUAAGAUUCCCGUUACAUGCAAGAUCAAGAUACGUAUAGGACGUCCAUGGUAGGACAAGUCCAGGCUAUGGAUCUUAAGCCGCUGAACUAAUUAACAGUGUACCUCUAAUAGCUAAUAUUCACCUCCUAUUAAGUUGAAACCAAGCUUAAGCACCUCCCGUCAAGAGCUCACUAGCAGGUCUUAAGUGAGGCUUAGCCAUGGGACUAAGUAAAAGCACUAAUGCUUAGCGGAGGGUCUGGAAUCCAACAUGGACAAUACGAGAAUCCUUCCUUUGCUUUUAAUAUCGUAUCACUAGUGCUUAUUCCUCAGGAGGUUAAAGAACAUCGUAAUUUAUAAGGAAUGUACAUACCCUGGGACACCAGAUCAACCUUUCUUCUCUCUGAAAUCCAAUUGACACAACAAGCAUGCAACGCGG